AUGGCCAGCAACGAGGACAGGGAUCGAAUUACAUGGUCUCCGUAUGGUCCACCAUCCCAUCCUGAGAAACCCCAAGAACGCCCAGCACACCAGCACAUUCACUUCAAACAUCCCGGCUGCGACACCACCCUCUUCACUCUUCCCCCUCUGGAUGCUGGCGGUAUCCAUCAUGAGACGGUACGCAUUGCUUGCGGUAUUCUCGAUAACAAUACAUGGGACGGUUUCUUCUCUUUGGACAAGCAUGGAAAACACCCGGUCCCGGAAUCAGAAAGGAUAUUGAGAGAGAAAGUAUACUAUUUCCAGACAUCACCAUCGCCGAGUGAUUUGAACUAUGCCGUAACUCCCACGUUCGAGCACUGGUGCUUUCCCUAUGGUGAUCUCCCUCCCCGCUGGCGCGAAAUCCCAGACUUCCAGCAGAAAUCACGGCCGGAUAGCGACAGCGCUUGCCGAAUAUCGCAAUGUGAGGAGGGUGUUGAAGAUGCACACUUAGUUUCCAGCGCCGAAAGGCAAUGGUUCAACAACAAUAUGGCUGUACACAUUCACUCCACAAAGGCAGAUAAGCUCAAAGAGUCCGAUAACAGCAUUCGCCUGCGGAGCGAUAUACAUACCAUUUUCGAUGCGAAGCGCUUUGCCAUCGUACCAAUCGAGGGACGCUUAGUGGUCUAUUGCAUGAACACUAACCUUGGUUCGCAAGUUGAAGGCCUUUAUCACGGUGUCGAAAUACACAGAGUUCGAAACUCAGGCUUCCUCAGCCAGUUUUUAUUCGCACGUUUCGCGUACACGGUUUUUGAGCGCCUUCGAGCAUUCUUGGAAGCAAACACUACAAGGAAACUUCGGCUUCGCGUGGACAAUGAGACAAAAGAGGAGAUGUGUAGCCCGGAACGUUGCUUGCGCCUCGCUAGAGAUACAGCAUAUCAGGGCAAAUCUCGCAGCGUUAGUCCGAAGAAGCGCCCCCGUCCUGACACAGAACCGAAUGAUGAUAACUGGUCGGAGACCGAUUUUCGAGGCCGGAAAAGAAGACGCAGUGAUGACACUGAGUCAUUCUCUGUCUCGCUCCCCAGCAGCGUGGGCUACUCAGCAGAUUUAUUAAUUGGAACGCCUGGAACUCCUCCAACGCCAGCACCUAAGACCGAGAACACAACCGAUAUCAGGUUUGACUUGAAAACCGAAAGACACCAGUCAAAACCCCAAAACGAACAGGCUCUAUCUUGA